AUGCGCAAUCUCAUCUCCCACACCUUGGCAGCAGCCAUCAGCGUCCAACUGGCUCUCACCGCCUCGCUUCCCCAAGCACCCUUCCACCUCAACACCUCGCUCGACACGUGCCUCUCCUGCUCCACCUCCCCCGUCUGCCCUCUCGAUCCCUGUCAGACCAACACACCCGGUGGACUGCUCCUGCUCACCCAAUUCUGGGACUACUCCCCCGCCAUCGGCCCCUCCGACGCAUGGACCAUCCACGGUCUCUGGCCCGACACCUGCACCGGUGGCUUCGACCAGUACUGCGACCCUCGUCGAAACAACAACAACAUCGCCUCCGUCCUCCGCUCCUCCUCCGACCCUUCCGCCGCCUCGACCCUCGACACCAUGAACCAGUAUUGGCUAGCGCUCAACGGAAACGAUGGUCAACUCUGGUCUCACGAGUGGAACCGUCACGGAACGUGCGUCUCCACCCUCUCCCCCACCUGCUACUCUUCCACCUCUUCCACCGGUUACACUCACAACCAAGACAUCGUCGACUUCUUCACCACCACCGUCUCCCUCUACCACAAGUACAACAUCUUCGAAACCCUCCAAAAGGCAGGAAUCACUCCCAGCAGAACCCAGACGUACACCUUGGAUCAACUGCACACCGCUGCCAGAAACGCGUGGGGCAAAGACGCCGUUUUCAGGUGCAAAAACGGCGCUCUCAACGAAGCGUGGAUCUACUUCCACACUAAAGGAAGAAGUACGAAUGCCGACGCUUUCGUGCAGGGUGACCCGCUGAGAUCCAACAACAGGUGUCCGCAGAGCGGCAUCAGGUACUUACCCAAGUGA